UGAUGAUGUUGUUCCCUUAAUUUGUCUUUCUUCAUCAUGUGUGAACGCGUUGAAGCUUUCUACGCGGAAGGUAAAGGUGCUUCAGUUUCUUCUUUUUCCUCUCUUCGAUGAUUUUCUAGGAAAGCCUGAGCACCAUAAAAUUUUCAAUAACUUAAUAAAUCUCAUUCAUCUCAAAUAUUCCGUUAUCUUUCUUUGCCUCUUUCUCUUCUUUUUUACUCACAAGUUACAAGUCCAUUGUUAGUUCCUUGAGAGAGACACAAACAGAUGGAUGGUAUUGAAGCUAAUAUCCCCCCUGGUCAGGAAAAGUAUGAUGUGUUUGUCAGUUUCAGAGGUGAGGACACCCGCCGUGGUAUUACCAGCCAUCUUCAUGCUGCCUUACUUCAGAAGAAAAUUGAAACCUACAUAGAUUACAGACUUCAGAAAGGAGAAGAAAUCGGACCUGCCCUUCUAGAGGCAAUCGAGAAAUCCACGCAUUCGGUGAUCAUUUUCUCACAAAACUAUGCUUCUUCCACAUGGUGUUUGGAUGAGCUUGUGCAUACACUCGAAUGCAAGGAAAGAUAUGGCCAGAAGGUUAUACCCGUAUUCUAUGACAUCAAUCCAUCUGAUGUACGAAAACAACACGGGAGUUAUGCGGAUGCAUUUGCUCAACUUGAAAAACGUUUCAAGGACAGUAUUGAUAAGGUGCACAAGUGGAGGGAUGCUUUGAAGGCUGCAGCCGAUCUGUCUGGGUUUGAUUAUUCAAACAAUCACGGGACGGAGGCAGAUCUAAUUAAGAAUGUUGUCGAUCAAAUUUGGACAAACUUGAAUUGUGAAUCAUCAUGUGAUUUAGAUGGCCUGGUUGGAAUUGAAAGCCGCAUUCAGCAAAUUGAAUUGCGACUGGGCAUUGACUCAAAGGACGCUUGCAUCACUAUAGGUAUUUGGGGCAUGGGUGGUAUUGGCAAGACCACCCUUGCUGAAACUGUAUUUCACAAACUCUCUUCUAAAUUCGAAGCUUCUUGUUUCCUUAAAAACGUCAGGGAGAAAUCAGAACAACCAGAUGGACUAGAUUGCUUGCAAAAGAAACUUCUAAGUGAUAUUUUCAAGGGAGAAAGUCUAUCCAUAGAAUCAACUAUUGUUCGAAGGAGGCUUAGCCGCACAAAGGUCCUCAUUGUUAUUGAUGAUGUGAGUAGUCCAAUGCAAAUGCAACGUUUAGCUGGUGAUCUUCAACGGUAUGGCACUGGAAGUAGAAUCAUUAUCACAAGUAGAGAUAAGGACACACUUAGACAAAUUGUUGAAGAGGAGAAUAUCUACGAAGUUGAGGUAUUAAAAUCGGAUGACGCUCUUCAGCUCUUCUGUGUGCAUGCUUUCAAGAAUAACACUACUCGUAGAACAGAUUAUGAGGAGUUAUCAAAAAAGAUCGUGGAUUAUGCCAGAGGCGUUCCCUUAGACCUUAUAGUUCUGGGGUCCUUGUUCUUCAAUUGCCAGAGUAAAGAAGAAUGGGAAGAUGAAUUCAACAAAUUAAAACGAUUUCCUAGACAAGAUAUCCAGAAAGUGUUGAGAAUAAGUUACAAUAGAUUGGAAGAAAAUGAGAAGCAGAUAUUUCUGGAUAUAGCAUGUUUUCAUAAAGGGAAGGAAGUGAAUGAGGUAGAACGAAUGUUACAUGUUCGUGGAUUCUUUGCAAUAUCGGGAAUUAGAAAUCUCCGUGAUAGAUCUCUCAUAUCAAUUUAUUCAGACAAAUGGGUAAGGAAAGUCAUAGAGAUGCAUGAUUCGCUACAAGAAAUGGGAAGGACAAUUGUUCAAGAACAAUGUAUUGAAGAUCCUGGUAAACGGAGUAGGUUGUUCACGAAUGAGGAAAUCUAUCGUGUACUGAAUAGUAACAUGGAAAGUCCAAUUGUUGAAGCCAUAUUCCUUAAAUGGCAUAAGAGUGAAGAGCGACGACCAUGGAACUUCAAAUUGAUGUCAAACCUAAGAAUGCUAUUUGUGCAUAAUUCUCAAAUAAUUGACUUCAAACCCGCCACUUCUGUAGACCUUCCCGAUUCUCUUCGCUACCUUGACUGGUUAGGAUAUCCACUGGAAUCUUUGCCGUCAAAAUUUUCGCCGGAAAAUCUAGUUGAGCUUCAUAUGCCAUGGAGCCGAGUUAAGAAGCUCUGGAAAGAAGACCAGAGACUUGUCAACUUACAAGUGCUCGAUCUGCAUGGCUCUAUAGAUCUAACUGAAGUUCCAAAUCUCUCUGGGAGUCUAAAAAUUGUGGACAUAAAUCUCUCUGGCUGUGGAAGUUUGGUUGAAAUUUCAGAGAUGCCAGGAAAUAUUAAAUACUUGGAUUUAUCUUACACUGGUAUAAAGGAGUUGCCCCAGUCAGUUUGGUCUCACGAAAAAAUUUCUUACUUGAAUAUAAGUCAUUGCGGAGACCUUGAGAAACUUCCAAGCAACAUGUGUAAGCUGAAAGUCUCUGGUUCUUUUAAUCUAGAUGGCUGCACAUCUCUUGCCGAGUUUUCUGAGCUUCCGAGGGAUAUAACUAAAUUAUCAUUGAUUGAUUGCAAGAGACUUGUGAGUCUACCAACCAACAUUUGUAAGUUGAAAUAUCUCAAGGAACUCAAUCUCUCCGGCUGCUCUAAACUUGAAAACUUUCCAAAGAUCUUGGAGCCAAUGGAACAUUUGGAGUCUUUAAAUUUAAGUGGAACAACGGUUCAAGAGCUACACUCAUCAAUCGAGUUUCUCCAUGCUCUCAAAAUACUUGAUCUACAUGGUUGCAAAAGGCUUUCAAGUAUUCCAAAGAGCAUUUGUAAGUUGAAAUAUCUCGAGAAACUCAAUCUCUCUCGGUGCCCCAAACUUGAAAACUUCCCAGAGAUCUUGGAGCCAAUGGAACAUUUGAAGUUUUUAAUUUUAUGGGGAACAGCGGUCACUCCUCCAGCGCGAAAUGCGUUUCUCCCCGUGCUCCAAUAUAUUUCAUGUUCUUCCAGCGCCGCUGCCAUUCUCCGCCAACAUCUAUCUGCUGCUAGCGUAGAACUUUAAGCUUUAAUCGCUAGCGGAGUGCAGAAAAAUCAAUUCAAAAAGAAAAUCCUAGAAAUCACUUAUGUUGUUAUGGAAUAAGAAAAGAGAGAAAGAUGAUUCUAGUGCCUUACGAAA